GUCGACCGCGCACCCAGUGAGGCAGGCGGCGGGUCAUCAACAAAACAGGAAUAAAUGGUCUGUAGCAAGACGUCUCAACACUCACGCACACGCGGACCGGCGAACAGCACGUGGGCGACUAAUAUUAGAGCGCUAUGAGACGCCGUGCGCGCUUCCAGUAGGUCACAACGAGCGACACAGUGCGCGCUGAAAGUAACAAGAAAAAAUACAGAUUAUAAAUGUUAAUUCCAAGAGCGAGUUUGCACAGCAGCGAUGAGCAUCAGCAGGAAGUGGAGGGAAUAUGUGGCAGCACUCAGUGCUACCUUGAUCACGGCGGCGGCAGGCACCACCGUUGGGUGGACUUCCCCCACGCUGCCGAUCCUCCUGGCCGAAAACUCCCCCAUACACACCACUGCCGAUCAGAGCUCCUGGAUUGUCUCGAUCAUGAUACUGUGCUCAGCCGCAAGUCCCAUACCAGCCGCAUAUUUAGCAGACAGAAUUGGCACAAAGAAGACGUUGCUGCUGGCGGCGAUACCAUACAUCAUUGGGUGGAUCCUGGUCAUGCUGGCCGGCAAUGUGCCCACCAUCUACGUCUCUCGGCUCAUCUCCGGCAUCGGCUACGGCAUUGCGUACACCACGGCGCCGAUGUACCUUGGAGAAAUCGCGUCAGAUGAAGUUCGUGGUUCUAUGGCGACCCUAAUCACAGUAAUGUCUAAGUUUGGAAUACUUUCUCAAUAUUGCAUCGGACCCUAUGUAUCAAUGAUGGGAUUAGCCAGCUUCAAUAUCGCUAUACCGAUUCUAUUUGUGGUCACCUUUAGUGCCAUGCCAGAAUCACCAUACUACUUCAUCAAGUCUGGUAGAAAUGCUGAAGCCGAAAUGUCACUGAAAAAACUUCGAGGCAAAGAUUAUAUUAUAGAAGAACUAGAUAGCAUGACAACUUUAGUCAACGAAAAUAUGAAAGAAAAGAGCAGAUGGAAAGAUCUUAUUAGAGUUGGAGGAAACAAAAAAGGACUUCUAAUUUUGUUGGGUAUAUAUUUUACCCAACAAUUUUGUGGUAGUACUGCUAUUAUUUCGUAUGCUCAGCAGAUAUUUGGUGCAGCUGAAGGAGGAUUUGGAGCAAAAGAAUCGUGCAUACUGUUAGGUGCAGUACAGUUGUUAACAUCUGCGAUCUCUUGUCAACUCGUCGAUAGGCUAGGAAGAAAACCAUUGCUGUUAGUGUCUUCCUGUGGUGUAGGCUUAGCGAACAUUAUAAUAGGGGCAUACUUUUUCAUGAAACAUGAGAACAGUGAAUACCUCGUUGCUUUAAGGUUCAUUCCUAUAAUUGUGAUACCCAUAUUUAUAUUUUCUUAUACGAUAGGUUUAGCUACGGUUCCUUUUGCUAUAACUUCGGAGAUUUUUCCUACUCAUAUAAAAUCAAAAGCUACUUGUGUUAUACAGAUUUUUGUAGCUCUAAUGACAUUUGCAGUCACAAAAUUAUUUCAAGUCGUGGCGGAUAACUUGGGUGAAUAUGUAGCAUUCUGGGGUUUCGGACUUUUAUCCGUAGCCGGGGUAAUAUUCAUUUUAAUAUUACUGCCGGAAACAAAGGGGCAAUCAUUUGCUGCUAUACAAGAGAAAUUAUAUUCGCCUAGUGAAAAGGUCGUUUUUGAAAAGAGCGAGGAUCAUUUAGGUGCUGUUAGAAUUAACAUUUGAACAUUUACUUAAUAUUAAUAUAACAGAUAACAGAUCUCUUAUAAAAGGCACAUCACUACAUAACAUAAAAGUGAGUACUUAACUAUUUGGUUGUUCGUCUGGUAUUAUUGUCAACAAGUACUAGUAGCACAAGUAAAAAAGGAUAUCAGAUUCGUCCGGAUUUCGUAUCAGAAUGUCCAAUCCAUUUUAGUGUUUUAAAGUACUGCGGAAUUAGGUUGUUAAUAUAUUUAAACAAUCCAUGUCAAAAAUAUUUGGACGGCAAUCAUAAGGGACCAAUAAAUAGUACUUAGUUACCAAUAUAUUGUAACACCAUUUUUAAUUAAGUAUAAGCAUACAUAUAACUUAAAUUUGCGAAGCAAAUUAAAAUUACAACUUAAGUGCCUCUAUUACCAGUUAUUUUAUAGGUAGAUAUUUAUAUAUUUUCUUAAGUACAAACGAAUUAGAUUCUAAGAAAAAAUAAUGUUUUCCUACUUACUUAUCGUAUAGAUACAGAAUGUUGUAAUUUUUUUUUUUAAUUAAAAAUAAUUUCUCUUGAAACUGAAAACGAUGUCACUUCAUAAACACAGGCAGAAUUAGACUUGUGAACUAAUUUUUCUCACUAACAUAGUAAGUAGUUAAAGAAAUAUAAUUUCAUAAUACUUUAAAUAUCUUAAUUUUAAUAUUUACAAAAAGGUGAAUUAGUUAAUAAAAAAAUAACCUUGUGUUCUCUAAAACAUCUCGAAUACACCUACUAUUCUAACAACGAAUAUUUGCACGGAAAAUUGAGUAAAACAAAAUAAAUGUUACAUUUAAUUCUAGUUAUCAUAAUUUAUUUAUUGAAAAUAUUAAAAUGGAAAAUAUGAACACCAGCUAAAAGUCUUCUUUAAAUAGUAAAUCGUACAUUAUGCGUCUGAAUGACGGCGAUUUUUAAAAAACAGAACAUUUCUUAUACGAGUAUGCUAAUUCACUUUCUAGUUUACUGCAAGAUAAUUCAUAAUACCUUAUGAGACUCUAUUCCUGACUCGCCUUUUCUGUGGGACAGCUGGAAAUCGCGCUGCGCUCAUUUAAAAUAAAAAAUGAGCGUAUAAUUAAACUCGGUUGAUAAACCAUCAAUGUGUCGUCAUUGCGUCAAUUAAAACACAGGAUUCAGUUUGUAUUUAUUAGAAAUAAUAAUACUUAAAAUCACAAUUUUGCCACCUAUUCAUGGUUUUUAAAUUUUAUUUAUUUAAAAUUAUAGUAAAGAACAUUUAUUUUUAAUUUUAAACGAAGUGCAGU